GGUCACGCUGGUGGGUAGGGGGGGUUUGAGAAAUGCCGGAAAACAUAAACAUAAAUGAAAAGCUGUUGCUCCAAGUGCAAGAAGACAAUGAUGAUGAGCAACACCCCAGCUGUCAGCAUGGCCCCACAGUGCUUUUCUACCGCCAGUCGCAGCGUCCCGGGCAGGGCUACUAUGCCUGUUCGGCCCACAGGGACUCCAAACUUUGUGAUUUCCACAUGGCCGCGAAUAAAUGGAAGGGUAAUGGGCUGAAGGACGUAUCAACGGGAAGAAACUACCCAAAAGCGUCUGGCCACGUUCUAAAUCCAUCUGAUACCGACCCCACAAAGAGUAUACUGGCUCUGGCGCAGGAUAAAGUGAAUGCUCAGUAUUUCUUCGAUGAGGCGGCGUUGGACUUUUUGGCGGAUCAGUGCCGCUGCCUGGGAAUAACCAAAGUUGUCUGCAUGGGCGCUCCUCGGCUGCACUUUCGCCUGCGUGCAAAUUAUAAAAGUUUCCUCCUGGAUCUGGAUGAGCGCUUCGCUAAUUACCUUGGCCCGGAGGAGUUCUGCCUGUACAACAUGUGCAACAAUCAUUUCUUCUACAAGCGUGAACCUUUCGAAAAGUUCCUGCAAUGCUCUCCCGUGGACCGUUUGCUAAUAGUGACCGAUCCUCCGUUUGGCUGCCGCACGGAACUGAUAGCCCACACCUUGCGCGCACUCCGGAGGCACCACAACUGCAUCAACCAGGUGCCCGUGACCCCUCUGUCUAUAUUUUGGAUAUAUCCGUACUUUUCAAUCAACCACAUUAGGCAGGAAAUGCCAGAGAUGGAAAUGAGCGACUACCGGAUAAACUAUUCCAACCAUUCGAGGUACACGAAUGUGGGCAAGAAGAGUCGGUUCUGCGGCUCCCCCGUCCGGCUGUUCACCAAUGUGCCCCUGCAGCUGCUGAAUCUGCCACAAAAGGAGGGCUACAAGUACUGCCAAAAGUGUUCCCAUCACACGGCCAGUGAUAAUCUCCACUGCGACCGCUGCCAGAAGUGCACCUCGAAGAAUGGCCAGACCUACAGGCACUGUGACGCAUGUGACAUGUGCGUCAAGCCCAACUAUGUGCACUGCCACAACUGUCGGCGCUGCACUCAACGCGAAGGUCAUGACUGCGCCUUCUAUCAGACCAAGCAACAGUGCUGGCUAUGUGGUCAGCGUGGACACAUUGAGACGAAUUGCGGCGUCUGGCAGACGCAACGAAAACGGCCUUCGACCGGCUGCCUCCUGUGUGGUCGACAGGACCAUAGGGAGCGACGGUGCCAGCAGCGUGAGAAAUACUUCAAGGAACAUCACUUUUUGGGCCAAACGUCGAUUCAGCAACUGAUUCCAGUGCCCACUGACCACUGACCCACACAAUGAAGCCAUUUGUUAAUGUUUAAUACAAAAUUUAUUU